AAAUAUAAACUAUUUUAUUUGCUCUAAUCACAAUUUAACUAAAGCCGCCCAAGCUGCAGCCCUAGACUCAACAGGCAUUUUGUUCUUCAGGCCAAGGAGUAGAAGAAGACGAAGAAGAAAGAGCUAAUGUCUCGACGAGAGGGUCGUGAAUCCGACUCAAAACGCCAUCGUUCCAGGUUCGACAGAGAACCGAGUCCUAAGAGAUCUAGGAGGGAUGGAAAACCAGAAACAGAGAGAAAACCUAGCAACUUUGACAUGGAUGUUGGAGGCCAUACAGAUCGAGACCAAAAGCACCGUCGUCGUUUGCAAGAUGCACUACCUCUUGAGGCCGCAUUGGCACCUGGUUCUAAAGAAGAAAAUGGGGCUGUGAACAAAGUGUCUGACAAGAAAACUGAAGAUAAGAAAACUGAAGGACGCAGUGAAGGAACCAAACAUUCAUCAGAUCCAACUGAAGUACCCCGAUCUCGAUCAUAUUUUCAGCAGCACGAUGAACGUGGUAGUUCUGGGCAAGGUGGUCGAAGUUUUGGUCGCAGAGCAACUGUUGAGCGGGGAUGGUGGAGAGACUCAAAAGAUCAACAUGGCACAAGGGUACCAAGCAAGACAGCUCAUGAGACACAGCAGAAAAAUGAGAAAUCCCUAGCUUCAUCUGAUGACAACCGCGUUUGGCAUCAUGACGGUUUUUUUGAAAUGGAAGCUGAUCCACCACCUCCACCUGUGAGGAAGAGACCUGCAUUUAGGGAGAAGAAGAUUCCUGUAGAAGCUGAGAAUGCAGACAAAGCAUUGAAUGAACUUGUCAAGGCAGGUCAUGCCAACCCUGCCACAUUGGGGGUUGAAAGGAGGGAAGAAAGAAUGGGAAGUGAGAGGAGGGAAGAGAGAGGACGCAACCAUCGCCAUUUUGACAGAUCUGAAAAGCCAUUUGCAAGAGAUAGGAUUUACCCAAACAGGGGAGAACCUCAGGCGGGCUUUCUAUCCAGAGAAAGGUAUGGUGGUGGUGGUGGUGGUGGUGGUAGUGGUUACAGGGGAAGAGAGAGGCCCAGUGGAAGGCAGGGGUCUCGAUUUGGUCGGGUUGAGAAGUGGAAGCAUGACCUAUUUGAUGAGGCUAAUAGGAGUCCAACUCCAAAGAAUGAAGAGGAUCAAAUUGCAAAGGUGGAGGCACUCUUGGCCUCUUAGAACAUUUCUGUUGUUUCAGGACUGGUUCCUCUUAAAUUAUUUUUAUUUUUCAUCAUUUGCAAUGCCUGCUGUGCACGUUUGAUGUCUCAGAGGCGUCAACUCCUCCCCUUCUCUCUCUCUCUCUCUCUCUCUCUCUCUCUCUCUCUCUCUCUCUCUCUCUCUCUCUCUUUUGGUUUUUGUUUUUUUUUGGAUAUUUUUUGUUUCCUACAGUGUAUACAUAACCAUUUUUUUUUACUUGCAAGCCUUCUCAGUUGUUUUUUGGAUUUUUAA